UUUUACCCAUGGAAACAUCGUAUUUACUUUUCAACAUAGUGAAAAUCUACGUACAAUCAAUUUUAAUCAAUAUGAUUCUAAAGCUAAAUUACGUAGACAAAGUUUACUUGGCCGUUAUCGUUUAGAUUCAACAACAGGUGCACCAUUAAAUCCAAUGGGUAGAACAGGUUUAUUAGGUAAAGGAUUAUUACCACGUUGGGGUCCAAAUCAUUCAUUUGUAUUAUGUAUUACAAGAUGGACAAGAGAUACACGUACUGGUGUACAAGUAAUAAGAAGUAAUCGUGGUGUAUUACAAUAUUUGGCAUUAGAACGUAAUAAGAGAUUAUGUAUGCCAUGGUAUUUAACAGAUCAUACAAACAAAUGUGAUUUUGAUGAAUGUGUACCAAAGAUUAUAAGCAGUUUAGUGACUCGUCGAGGACGUGCUAUACUUCCAGAGAAAAGAGUUGAAAGAUUAUUGAAACGUAUUGAAAAGGCUGAAGUUACACAG